CUUUUUAUAGAGGAGCGAAAACGGCCACUUUGGUCACUUCCUGGAUGUGAGAGCAGCUUCACGAGUAUCGAGCAGAUGAGGAAACAGAAGAAUAACGGUACUGCAGCGCUUUCUCUUGUGUCGGUUCAGUAUUAUUCUGAGGCAAUGAACAACGCUGGACUUCAACUCUUGGAUUAGGGUACGCACAGUAAAGGAUGCAAGGUGCUAUUACACGGGUUUGCAUGGUGGUAGUAGCCGCUAUCCUCAACCCUCUGCUCUUCCCUAAUGAGAACACCACCAUCCCUGAGCAAGAUGAUGAUCUUCUGGCCCGGAUGAAAGAGCACCAGAAGAAGCUGGAGUCAGAACAGAAGCGCCUGGAGCAGGAGAUCUCACAAACCGAAACAGCUCUGAUUGUUGAUCAGGACAGUUACGGCUGGUACUUUUGGAGCGCUCUCUGCCUUGUCAUUUUCUUCACAAUUGAGGUUUGCAGGCAGGAAAUGAUCCCUGAUGAAAUUUCAGACCCUGUGGAAGACGAAGACGGAGAUUCCAGUGCCGGAUAUCUCAGCGCUAAGACUGUAGCCUUAGAUAAAGUCAUUCUAAAUAACUUCUGCAAGACCCGCUUCCAUCCUUUUAUCCACGAGAGUGGGAGAGUGCGGGAGUUUAUCGAAGGCUUCGCAGAUGACUUGCUCGAGGCUUUGAGAAGUGUUUGCAAUCGAGAAGCUGACCUGGAAGUCGAGGACUUUGUCGGCAUAGGCAGUAUGUUUGAGUCCUGGAGGGUGUCUAAACCUCCUACAUGUGACCUUAUUGUGCCUUUUUCUCCACCCCAGCCAUUCAGGUUCCAGUUUCAGCUCUGGUGCGACCCCGCCACUGAAAUCCCUCUGGACCUGCAAGGAUGUGGAAAGAUUAAACUCAUAAAACCAGGUGGGAAUGGAACAGAAUGUCUCUGUGGCUCAACCAAUCUUGGUGAUGAUAUGCUGUGUCUGCUUCACAAUAGAACGGAGUGUGAAAAGCUUGACGAACAUGGUUUGGUGGAGCUCUUUUGUGCAAAGAACACCACGUAUUUGUCGAAAGAUCAGAUCAUGAGAUGGUUUCAGAUUUCAGUGACCAAAGCAUGGGGCCAGAUCUCUCAUAAGUACGAUUUUGAGUUGGCAUUUUGGAACCUAGACCUCCCUGGAGCUCUUAAAAUCAAAUUUAGGUCUGGAAAGACCGUCAUUCUUAACGUUACCCCUGCCGUUCUGUUUGAGGACACGGAUGCUUACCUCAUCUCUCAUUUCCCAUCUGACACUAGCAACUCCUCAGACAUUCACUGGCAACUCUCACUAACCGUUUAUGAAAGAAAUCUGCUUAAAUACCUAGCGAAAAGACUUCCUACCAAUUCGUGUCACAUUCAUUGCCUUCAGAUAGUUUCUUUCUUGCACAAAAAGCAGACGGCUUUGACUGGGAGAAGCGCCUUUUCUAAUUACCAUAUAAAGACGGCGCUCUUGCAUCUGCUGUUGAGUAAACGUCUUGCGAUGUGGCAGCCGCAGAAUCUCGGUCACAGAUUACGAGAUCUGCUCAGCUUCCUUCAGCAAAGCUUGGAGGAAAAGAGACUCUAUCAUGUCAUUGUUGGGAACCCGCGGAUCCCAAAUGAAAUUCUGGUUCCCGAAAUAAUCUGUUCUGCAGAGCCGAUAAACCUGUUUAGGCCUCUUGUAUUGCAGAGGCACGUAUAUGCCAAAAUGGAGGAGCAUUUUCAGGAGAUGGUCAGAAAUACAUCUGUGCUGCUUCAGGAAUAUACCCCUCACUUUUCUAACGGUCAUGUGAGACAUGAAUUCAGCUCAACGGACCAGACGUAGACUUACUUGGUGCUUUGGCUUUGAGUGCAGGGGAUUUCUACAGCCUAAUUACAUGAUGAUGUCAUGCACCUUGAAUGUAAAUGAUAUGUUAAGCACUGACUGUUACUGAUGCUAUUAUGAUAUUUAGGUGUUUCUUCAACUAUAUGGGCACUUUUUAUGUCCCAGAGGACCAAAUUUCAUAAUUUAAAUUUUUGUGACAUGAAGGUCACAUUCUUUUAGCAUUUAUUUUUGCCACUUUUAGCAUUUAGCAUUUUAGCAUUUAUUUCAGUGCCUUUUAUUGUUUCACUCCUGUCCCAAACCAAGACUUUAAAUCUUAAAAUUUGCAUUUUCACAACAAAAUGUGGUUAUAAUAAUAAUAAUAAUAAUAAUAAUAAUAAUAAUAAAGUUUAUUUCAAAAGUUACUGCACUUAUCAUGCAUUGAUAAUUUUGUUAAAUUACACAAAAAAGCUUGAUUCUGCCAAGGAAAAAAAAAAUAUAUACACAAGGUAAUUGUGACUUUUUACAUCUCGCAAUUCUGACUCUUAUCCUCUUAGAAUUGCAAGAUAUAAACUUGCAGUUGUGAGUUAUAAAGUCAGAAUUGUUAUAUAUAAACUCGGAAUUCUGAGAAAUAGUCACAAUUGCGAGGGGAAAAAAAGUCAGAAUUGUGAGAAAUUAACUUUCAAUUGCAAGUUACAAAGUCCAGUUCUGAGAAAAAAUGUCAGCUCACAAUUUUGACAUUUUCUCGCAAUUACAAGUUUAAAAGCCGGAAUUGCAGAAUAAACUCGCCAUUGCGAGGGGAAAAAAAGUCGAGAUGUAAACUCAACAAGCUUCCAUAAAAAUGCUUGCUAUGAAUUAUGACACAUUUUAUUUUCACCACAGAAUGUUAUCAAACUUAAUGCAUUAUUUGAGAUGUGACAGAAAUUACAUUUGCUGGUAUGUAAAUAUGAUUUUAAGGGAAUUUAUUUCCCUAAAGUACACAGGGCCAAAAGUGCAGAGUUGAAGAAACACCCUCUUGUUAUUCAUCAUUGAUCUGGCAGCUUAUUCAGGAUAUUUGAAUCACGAGUUGUUACAAAUGAAGCCAUAUCAUGUUUAGCAUGUUAAUUCUGUAAUAUUAUCAUAGUACUUAGCCGCAUUAUCAGUUAUGAGCUUAUGUGCCAACACUUAAGGGAUAGAUAAAAUUCCUAAGCAAAGUAGAUAUUGAACAACUAAAAAUGGUGCAGUUACAUGUAUAUGCCCAAGCAGAAGCUGUUACACAAGUUUUCCUGUACAAUGGACUGCUUAGAUUUUAAGAUAUAAAUCUGUUCCUUUUUUAUCAGUCAAUACAGCAGCAGGGUGCCAGUUUUACUUGAGACUCUUUGUAGGGGUAGACUCUUGUUUUACUUGUAGGGGUAUUUUGUCACCAUCUUGUUUAAAAAAAAAAAGAAAAAAGAAAAA